GGGGGGACACACCUGGGACACACCUGGGACACACCUGGGGGUGACACAGGUACUGCUGCACCCGCUGCCUGGGCACCCACCAGGACACCAGGUGAGCAUCACACCUGGGACACACCUGGGACACACCUGGGACACACCUGGGGGGACACAGGUACUGCUGCACCCGCUGCCUGGGCACCCACCAGGACACCAGGUGCCUGAAGUGGACGGUGUGACCCCACCCACCAAGAUGGCCGCCCUGACUCCUCCCACCAAGAUGGCCGCCAUGGCUCCUCCCACCAACAUGGUUGCUGUGACCACGCCCACCAAGAUGGCCGCUCUGACUCCUCCCACCAACAUGGCUACCAUGACCACGCCCCCCAAGAUGGCCACCCUGACCCCUCCCAUCAAGAUGGCUGCUGUGACCACGCCCACCACUAUGGCCACCAUGACUCCUCCCACCAACAUGGCUGCUGUGACCACACCCACCAAGAUGACCACUCUGACUCCUCCCACCAAGAUGGCCGCCAUUUUCUCACCCAAGAUGGCCGCCGUGGCCCCGCCCACCAAGAUGGCCGCCAUUUCCAAAACCAAGAUGACCGCCAUUUCCCCAACCAAGAUGACCGCCAUUUCCCCAACCAAGAUGACCGCCAUUUCCCCAACCAAGAUGGCCGCCGUGGCCCCGCCCCCAAGAUGGCCGCCCCUUUCUCAG